UCACAGUACUCUAUCAAUGGCCACAGUGCCUUCAUUACCUACUUGACAGUCAAAGUUAGUUGUUCAUAUGUUUAGAAUCUUCUCCUGCCCUGGUAGUUUGAUGAUUCUGGGAACUUUGCUAGUGGGAUAAACUAGAAUCUUUGCCUGCUGAAUUCAGCUCUCCUCUCCCGAAUCCUCCCAAUAUCUUCCGUGGUGUCAUUCACAUACACUCCUCAGGGCAGGAGGAGGGGGCUCACUUACACACUUUUCUGUCUUACCCAAUUACAUGUGGCUUCAAAGUCUUCACAGCUGAGUGUCCUCACCUAAGACCAUGGAGCUCUUAACUGACUUAACUGACUCCAGAACCCAAAGGUAAUUCAGGAACAUGGUGGCAGAGCAGCCAAUGGAGGGGAAAAUAGUAUGGUGUUUAUUUAGGUAGUGCAUCCAUGGCCUCGUUCAUUCUCUGAGUAGGAAAGGCAUUUUAUUUACAGAGCUUUACAGAGCUGUUCCUUCCCCUCUGGCUCCAAUGGCUUCUGAGUCCAGGAUGAACCUGUUUCCUGGCAAUGACUGGUGACUUUGUAAAGGACGCUCCCAAGAACAAAGUCUCAGUUUGCUCUUCAGAGCCCUACAUCAUCCCCAUGUCUCCACAUCCCCAACCCUCAUCACUGUUAGAACUCACAGUAGGGUUUGGCUUGUGCCAAGUUCACAGAGGCAAUUUUAUAGCUGAGCCAAGAAAUCACCCCUAACUCCCCUAGAAUAUUCAGGAUCCUCUGAAGUCCUGUUCAGUCACUCCUGCUUAGUACAAGUGUCUCUGUCUUGUAUUGUAUGGUGGUGGGCUGCUUGCCAAAUUUUGUCAUUGUUUCAUUUUAUUUAUCAUAUUUAGUUAUGUGCUAGGUCUGUCUCUCUUGUGAGAAUAAUAAAAGCUAACAUUCUUUGAACUUUCUUAGCCUGCCAGGCUUUGUUCAAGUGCCUUUGCAUGGAUUAGUUCAUUGGAUUCUUUCAACAGUCUUUUAAGAUUAGUGCCAUUAUCCCUAUUUUACAGAUGAGAAAACUGAAAUCAAAGAGGUUAAGUAACAUUCCCAAGGUUACACAGCUAGUUAGUGGUGAGGUCCCAGCAUGGAAACUUGGCAGUCUGAUGCCAGAGCCUGAGUGCUUUAACACAAAAUAUACUAUCUCUAGAAUAUAAGCUCCCUAAAGUCAGACACUUUUGUAUUGCUGACAAGAAGAACACAGAGCUAAGCAUAUGGAAGACUGUCAACAAAUAUUUGGUAAGUAACUGCUUCAUUAUUGAGAACUUCUUAAGGUCUCUGAGAGACCAAAUGGUAUAUGUUGCUUUUCUAUUUUUCAUUGCUGCUCUAGUAAUGCUUACAGACCAUCCAAUCAACCAAGUAGAGAAGACCCUCUCUAUGACCGAGUUCCAGCUACAAAGGACUUUUUCAGUGAGACCAGUCUUCAGAAGGCUGUCCUUAGCCAAAGCAGAACUAAAUCCAGUGAGAGCCCCUGAGGGUUCCACAUCAUUUCUGGUGGUCCCCUCUUUACACACCAGGGCACUGGAGAAAUAUGGAAGGGGCAAACCUGAGCCAAGAGAUUGAGUUUGAGCUCUUGGGCCUCACCAGGGACCCCCAACUCCAGAGGUUGCUCUUCACGGUACUCCUGGGCAUGUACACCAUCACUCUGCUGGGAAAUCUGAUCAUGUUCCUUCUGAUUCACGUGAGCACCCCUCUGCAUACACCUAUGUACUCUCUCCUGAAGAGCCUCUCCUUCUUGGACUUCUGUUACUCCUCCACGGUUGUCCCUCAGACCCUGGUGAACUUCUUGGCCAAGAGGAAGGUGAUUUCCUAUUUUGGCUGCAUGGCUCAGAUGUUCUUCUAUGCAGGUUUCGCCACCAGCGAGUGCUAUCUCAUUGCUGCCAUGGCCUAUGACCGCUAUGCUGCUAUUUGUAACCCCCUACUCUACCCACUCACUAUGUCUCCUGAGAUCUGCCUGUCUCUCAUUGUGGGCUCCUACGGUGCAGGAUUUCUCAAUUCUCUUAUCCACACAAGCUGUAUCUUUAGUCUGAAAUUCUGUGGUGCCCAUGUGGUCACUCACUUCUUCUGUGAUGGACCACCUGUCUUGUCUCUGUCUUGUGUGGACACCUCGCUGUGUGAGAUCUUGCUUUUCAUUUUUGCUGGUUUCAACCUUUUGAGCUGCACCCUCACCAUCUUGGUCUCCUACCUCCUAAUCCUCAUCACCAUCCUGAGAAUGAACUCAGCCCAGUACAGGUUCAAGGCCUUUUCCACCUGUGCUUCCCACCUCACUGCUGUGUGCCUCUUCUAUGGCACAACACUUUUUAUGUACCUGCGCCCCAGGUCCAGCUACUCCUUGACUCAAGACCGCAUGGUGGCCGUGAUCUACACAGUGGUAAUCCCAAUGUUGAACCCCCUUAUUUAUUCUUUGAGAAACAAAGAUGUGAAGGAAGCUUUAAGAAAGGUUUGGGGCAGGAAAAUAAUGGAAUGAUCUUCUCAACUCAUUACCACAUCCUUCCUUCCUCCUUUCCUUCCUUCCUUCCUUCCUUCCUUCCUUCCUUCCUUCCUUCCUUCCUUCCUUCCUUCCUUCCUUCCCCCCUUCCUUCCUUCCCCCCUUCCUUCCUUCCUCCCUCCCUCCCUUCCUGUCUCUUUCUCUCUUUCCCACAUACCUUUAGAAAGCCAAGGGAGGGAGUCUAGGUGGCUCAGCUAAUAAGCAUCUGACUUUGGCUCAGGUCAUGAUCUCAUGGUUUGUGAGUCCAGGUUCCACAUCAAGCACCCUGCUUCUGGUGAGCCCCACUUCUCUUUCUCUUUCUCUCUCUGCCUCUUGUGGGAUUCUCUCUCUCUGCCACUCACUCACCUG